UGCCCAUCUUGGCAGGUGCCCCACCGCGUCAUCAGGGCAGAGACUAAGCAGGACGAGGAGAACACAAACGUCGAACGCGCAACGCAGAACGAGGCUGAGCCAGGCAGUGACUUUGCAGCCUUUGCCUCUGCGACUAUCUUUACACCCGCCCUCUCACGUACCGCAGUCUCCUGCACACCACCACAGCCAUGAACAUCAUCAAGCUGCAGAGAAAGUACCCCCAGUUCGAACAGGGCGAGAUCUUCGGCCUGCAGGACGCUUUCCGCAAGCUCGACGUCGACGACAAGGGCUACCUCGACGAGGCGACAGUCAUCAAGGCCACCCAGCAGACAGAGCACCAGCCGUACGAUGUAGUGCGUCAGGCCCUGAAAGAGGUCGAGCUCGACAGCUCGCGGCGAGUAGAGCUGGACGACUACGUAGACCUCAUCUCCAAGCUGCGUCAGUCGUCGCCGGCGCAGCAGCGCAUGAGCACCGGCCCUACACGCCCGCGCGCAGUAUCCGGUGCUGCCGGCAGCGCGCCCUCAACCCCCAAGCACGCCUCGAAGCCUAGUAUCGGCACCGGAGGCGGCAGGAUUCAGGUGCAGGGCUCCUCCGCAAAUGUCACCCACACCAUCAACGAGGACGAGCGAACCGAGUUCACGCGCCACAUCAAUGCUGUCCUCGCCGGCGACCCAGAUAUUGGCGACCGCCUGCCCUUUCCCACUGACACCUUCGAGAUGUUUGACCAGUGCAAGGAUGGUCUCGUGCUGUCUAAGCUGAUCAACGACAGUGUACCAGACACAAUCGACGAGCGUGUUCUGAACAAGCCGGGCAAGAAGAUCAAGUCGCUGAACAACUUCCACUUCACUGAGAACAACAACAUUGUUAUUGAGUCGGCAAAGGGUAUCGGGUGUUCCGUUGUUAACAUUGGCAGUGGAGACAUUAUCGAGGUACGCGAGCAUCUCAUCCUGGGCUUGAUCUGGCAGGUCAUCAGGAGAGGUUUGCUCGGCAAAAUUGAUAUCAAGUUACACCCCGAGCUGUACAGACUGCUGGAUGACGAUGAGACACUCGAGCAGUUCCUGCGCCUUCCCCCGGAGCAGAUCCUCCUACGAUGGUUCAACUAUCACCUGAAGAAUGCAAAGUGGCAUAGAACCGUGACCAACUUCUCCACAGACGUGAAGGAUGGCGAGAACUACACCGUUUUGCUUAACCAAUUAGCGCCAGAGACCUGCUCUCGCUCGCCGCUUCAACAGAACGACCUACUUCAGCGCGCCGAGAUGGUCCUCCAGAACGCGGACGCUCUCGACUGCCGCAAAUUUUUGACACCGACAUCGCUCGUUGCUGGUAACCCCAAGCUCAAUCUUGCUUUCGUUGCCAAUCUGUUCAACACACAUCCUUGCUUGGACCCCAUCACCGAGGAAGAGAAAGCCGAGAUCGAGGACUUCGAUGCGGAGGGCGAGCGUGAAGCUCGUGUUUUCACACUCUGGCUGAACUCCUUGGAUGUCAAACCUGUUGUACAGUCCUUUUUCGAGGAUCUCAAAGACGGCACCGUUCUUCUCCAGGCGUACGACAAGGUCAUUCCCGGUAGUGUCAACUGGCGACACGUCAACAAGCCCCGAGAAGGUCAGGAAUUGAUGCGCUUCAAGGCUCUCGAAAACACCAACUACGCCGUUGAACUAGGAAAGUCUGUACAAUUCUCGCUCCCCGGCAUUCAGGGCGCCGACAUCACCGAUGGUCAGCGCACACUCACCCUUGGUCUUGUCUGGCAGCUGAUGCGCAAGGACAUUGUCUCGACGCUCAAGGGUCUCGCUCAGAAGCUCGGCAAGCGCGAAAUUUCGGACUCCGACAUGAUCAAGUGGUCGAACGACAUGGCCCGCAAGGGUGGUCAGGGCAGCCAGAUUCGCUCUUUCAAGGACUCGUCGCUCUCUAACGCCAAAUUCCUCCUCGACGUGCUUGCUGGUAUGAAGCCUGCGUACGUGGACUACGACCUCGUCUCACCGGGUCGCAACGACGAAGAGAGCUACCAGAACGCCAAGCUUGCCAUCUCGAUUGCACGAAAGAUGGGUGCGACCAUUUGGUUAGUGCCUGAGGAUAUUGUUGCCGUGCAGAGCCGCUUGAUCACUACCUUCAUCGGUAGCUUGAUGAACACUUAUGAGAAGAUGGGUGGGCAGUAGAUGUGACUUUGGCAGAAAAGAUCUGAUAGCGUUUGAUGCGAGAUAUCUUGCGGUACGAAAAGAGUUGAUCUUUAUGAGUAUUUGUCUAUAGCAAAAAGCCCUUUAUAGAGGGCGUCUCAAUGAAGGUAUAAUCCCUGA